AUGGCAACGUCAAAAACGAGAACCAUGGACGCCCUCACCACCAAUGAUGUCAAGAGUACAGCAGACAGGGACGCCCGUCAAGCUUCGCUCGCUCGCCACUUGGUCACGGGCGUGGAGCCAGGUCGCACCAACCUCGAUCUGCAAACACAACCAACAGCUUUGCAGGAGCGCCGGCUCCCCCAUUUGUGCAUCCCGUGCGCCCCCGACAACAAGCUUUGUGGCUCCCUGAUACUGCCGAUCCCCUACAGGCAGUCCAGCAGCAACCACACCAAUGUCGUCGUCCAUACACCCCCGAUGACCUGGGCGUGA